GACAAAACGAAAAUUACAUUUAUAGUAAUUUUAGCUCGCACACGAAUGCGUACAAAAUAGGAAUAGGAAAAAAUAGAAAGUUUUAAAUUGUUCAAAUUUUCUGUAUUAAUAUAAUAGCAUGUCGUAUAAAAAGCUGCUCUUUGUAUGCAUGGGCAACUCUUGUGGCUCACCGAUGGCCGAGGCCAUCAUGCAGAAUCUGAUGGUGAAGACGAGUCUCUACUGGGAAAUCGAUAGCGCAGCAUUGCGCACCUGGAACAUUGGAAGAAAGCCGCACAAACAAUGCUUGAGAGUUCUGCGGGAACACGGACUGCGUUCGGAUCACUUUUGCAGGCUGCUGACAGUGCAUGACUUUAGCUAUUUUGACCACAUCAUCGCCAUGAAUGAGCACGUCCAUAAAGAGCUGAUGCUGUGGGCAAACGGCAAUCAUGUGCAAAACACCUCGAAUGUUGUCAUGCUGGGUUCAUAUACUAAAAAUGGCAAGUCCCUCUCGCUUAUCGAUCUUUCGCCCAGUCGCAAACUGAAAGCUUUUCGCAUCGCAUACUAUCAGAUCAAGGAUUGCUGCAAGCAGUUAAUACUCAGUCAGCAUGUGAAAAUUGUUCGUUAUGAUUUGCCCAGCACAGAUGAAGAAGAUGAGCACAACUUGGAUACGAUGCUUCGAUCACGAUCACCAGAGUCAGACAAAAGUUUGUCUGAAAUAAUGCCCGACCUUGUAAAGCGAUAUCCAUCAAGGACUUCUGUAUCGACUGUAUCUUCAGUACAUAAUUGCCUUGAGAAGAAAUUGUGUGACAAUUGUGGACAACAGUUUUUAGCCACCCUCUAAAUGACGUGUUACGACCUUGCAAUAAAUUUAUAAGAUGACUUUAAUCUGA